GUUGUCCUUCUUUGGGGGCAUAAUGCCGAGCAGGCCGAGCAUUGGAAAGGAGCGAGCUUCAUGGUUGGCAAUGCCUCCAUCCAAUGACAGCACUCCGAAUCUCGCGGUGCAAUCUCCUGCUGUGGCUGAACCUCCCUCGGACUAUCGCGUUUGCCAAGCCAAGGCCCAACAACCAGGUGUACCAUGCACACACACACAUACAUACAGAGUUGCUGUGUGAUGCCUCCCAAGCAAAAUUCGCUAGUCAGUAAGUACUUAGGGGUCUAGCGUGUCUCCACUCUCGAUUGGCCCCCGUAUUCACACUCCAUUUCUCGUCGCCAAAAUAGGGCUUGAAUUGAGUUUUGCGUCAGCAUCUUGUCGUGCAUGCCGACGUCGCUGUGUUACCUGACAGUAGGCUGCACAUACUUUGUGCAUGGGGCCAUCCGUCUUUCCGUUCCGCUCAAGCUAGUGUUAAGGACGAGUUUUGGGGGAAGUCAUUGAACGGACACGCAAUGCGAACGCUUUCUUUCAUAUCUGGAGCAUCAUAUUUCGACAGAUGCGUGUACGGC